GUCCAUCCCUGUGACUCUCGACUCAGACUCCUGACACUCGUCCUUUCGCGUGACGAUCCCGCGCAAUGGCUCGAGAGCGGAAGGCAACAACGACAUGCAGAUCUGCGCAUGCUGUCCAGGCGUUUCUCUUAUUGUCAAGUUACCGAGGCUCUUCGCAAAUCCGACGGAAGACAACGAGGCACAGCAUCUACACUAAGAGAGCACAGUACAUGAGACCCUCAAGUCUAAGCAGACGAGCAGCAACAAACAAAGCUGUCGGGAUCGAGUCUUGGUUGAGUCUCAAGGGCCUAUUAGGGCGGCUAAUGCACUCUGACUGGCGGUAUACGAAAUAGAACAAGUGGGAAAUAUGCGCCGAGCAAUCUCUGAGGGUCGCGAGUCUGAGUGGA